UGGAAAAAUCCCCAAGGUAACGACUUCUUGUCAUGAGAUGUUAUUACGCUUCAAAGUACCGGACCCCUAAAAGCCUUUCCACCACAACAUUUUCAACAUCCCCCGUUUGUCUAAUCAUGUGAUAAAAUCAAAAUCUAAAUCAUGUUAUCGCUGACCACUAAGACGAACAUGAAAAUGGUUCCUCCUACCUCCACGUGGUCGCCAGGACGACUCUUCGUUCGGUCACUUUUCGUUACUGCAGUCAGCAUUGCUUCCAUUCAGGCAAAUGUGCUGACACGGAAUCCGAUACCAGCAGCCCCUUCCAUAGUUGAACCGCAACCAUCAAGCAAGCGGCAACAAGAGCUGCCAAACAAAGCAACUGCUGCAUUAGCAAAAGCAACGCAACAAGGGGGAGUUGUAUCUACGGGAAAAACAAUUCCUAUUCAACUUGUUGAACAAGAAUCGUCAAAGCCGAAGCACCAGACGGCCAUCAAUGCUCCCCACACCGAUAUAUACACCGCGACCGGCACUGCUACAGGACUGCAAGUAGAUUAAGGCUACUGCCAACUACAAGUCUUCUGGUGUAGUCGAUGGAGAUCCUAGAACUAGAAGUGACUAAGGAAUCCGGUGAAUAAGGUGAACACACGGCGCCUGUGAAAGAGAAAGGCUACAUGAAUGAGUGCAACGGUUUUCACAGAAAUGGAGAGAGUUGUUGGGGUAUUUUUUACAGAAAUGGAGAGACUGAUUAAGUGGGGUACAUGUACAACCUGCACUGGCUCUAAAAAGAGGAUACUGGAUCACCCGCUGUCGAUAAAGGCGUCACAGGCGGCUACACGUCCAAAUGGGAGAGCUAUAACAAUCCUUAUGCCCAUUGCCCCUCUCAAGAUGGCAACACACCUGAUUUAAGGCAACGCACACGAAGAUUUAAGUAUCAGUUUACUAGUAAUUCAUUGAUCUGAUCAUGAUUCAGUUGCUGCUCCAGCUCCACUUCCAGUUGUGUGAGAUAUUCUUGUCACAACUCUAGUACGGUGUCUCCCAAGUAACUUCGCCUUAGAAGGCUUUUUAGUACGACAAUCUACUUCUACCUAAGGUACGACAGUCUACGUCUAUAUUAUCUUAAAGGUACAGGUCGAGGUCGACUACUUUUAAGAUAAUAUAUAAGAACGAACGAAACUACAUCAUCCGCAGAGGAGCCUACAUCACCAAAUGCGGUGAGGACUCUAAUCAGCGACACCGGGACCGACCCAUCCUUUUGCGUAGCGACCUCUGAGGUGUAUGGCGAUGCAGAUCUCAUUGCGAGGGACCCCAAGCAGGUGGCAAAAAACAUGCUCGUUGGGGGUUUCAAGUGGUUCAAGUACACACACGAUUUGCUGACAACGACGGACUUCAAAUACAAUUAAGGCUCGAGGAGAUAAUACAUCUUAUUUGGUGUUGUAGCAGAGUAGUUUAUAGCACGCAUGGUGCAUGGAGUGCAUGGAGUAGCAUGGAGUGCAUGGAGCGCAGAGCUUUAAGGGGCGCAAGAAGCUCCCCCUUUAGCUCCAUGCUACUCCAUGUGAUCCAUGCACUCCAUGCCAUGCGAGCUGUGAAACCUUUUAAACUGCUCUAUUGUAGGCACAACAGAGUAGAUAAAAGAACAUCUUUAGUGUUGAUGUACAACAGAGAGGGGAAGGGGUGGAUCUCAGAACUGAGUUUCUCUCUUGGAUUCUGAGAGUAAAAUGAUUUAUCUCAGAAGUAGUUCUUUGAUUUAUACGGUGAAGAUGGAGGCCCUCUAAUGCAACUCGAAAAUAACGUUCGAGAGGUUUAUGCAAUUGAACCGUCACAUUUGUCCCAUCACCGGUGACGCCUUGAGGCGGAAAGAGAAUAGUCCCGCGAAGGUGUACCAAGGUGGCAUCAACACGGUCCCCAUGAAGGAACUUGAAUGGGAAAACCAUAGUGAAGUCCAGAUGUCGCAUACAAGUGCCCAUCCGUUGCCGGCAGCUCAGCGACCAAUAGACUAUUAUGGAUUUAUUUUUGCAUUUGGUUUAUAAGCUUAAUUAUGUUUUAGCUUUAAAUCUCCAGAUUUUUGCUCAUCUUGGCUUAAUGUUCUCCUGGAGGUGUCACCAUGAUGUCGAUCUCUAGCUCCGAUAGUGUUAGUGGUCAAACAAGAUGAAGAAGGCGACGAGACUUUCUUUAGAGAUUUUGAAUCUCUAUCUUCAUGGUUUCUGAGUGCAGGAUCGUUAUUUUUUCUGUACGACAGUCGGCGACGCUAGUGUGGAACGAGGUUCGUCCUCGUCCUCUUCUAAGAGUUUCGCGACACAGCGCGAAAUCCAUUACCCGAAAUUUUACCGGAAGGACCGGAGCCAACCUUAGACCACAAUCGCCUAAUGAGAUGGCAUGGGGAAAUUGCUGUUAAGGGCUUUACCUAUCAUUCCGAUCUGAGCGUCAAGUGCGACAUGGCAGCUGUUCGUGACACCUCGACUUAAGGCUAGUUCUUACCCUAAGUAAUCGUUUUUGUCUCCCAUCGAUCUAGCUACUUCGACUUCAGAGAUGAUGAUAGAUCGAUUGUCUCCCACCUACGACUACUGGAGAUAUGAUGAUAAUAUUUUGAUUGUGAUGCUGUUACUGUUCUUUUCCGAUACCUGAUGAGUCAUAGAUCCUACCUCAACAAACUCAAAAAGAAAAGUCAAAAAACUUGAAAAAAGACAUGAUCUCCAAGAUGAGUUCCAAACUGGAUUUCGGUCAGCUCUAAACAGCAAAUGCAAACUCUGGGCUCACAGCGGGUCUCUCGGGUUUCACACGGGUUGACACGAUAACGGUCGAGUUUAUGAACAGAGGUUGAAGACGUGAAGGGCUUCAGCAGGAGGCACGAUGAGAAUGAAGAGAACAAGUAGUUGAUAAUCCAAUUAUUACUCGGUUUCGUAGCUCUCCUCUGGAGGUACUACUUAACUGAUUGGUCUCACACAAAGUAGACUUAGAUUGCUUUAUAAGAGGCACCAUGACCACAUGACAUGACAUAGUAGUUUAGCGGGAUAACAACAUUGACAAGCGGUGAAAGUUUUGUUAGUCGUAAUAGAUACGCUCCUGUAGCGGCAUCAGAAUCAGAUCAUGUUCGUGUUCAUGAUAUGAUCUCCUCCCCUUCAUUACACGGACCGAGGUGAACGAGUACGGAGUGCCAGAGACGCAGGCAAAAACGAUAAACGUCCUCGUCAUUCGGGAUCCGUGUGCUGCGCGUGGAGGGUCAAAGGAUAUAAAACUUACUAGGUUUUAAGGCUAAUUAUAUUUCUGUAGGAUAUUUCUCGUCGUCGCUCCAAGAAUUCCAAAUAAGUACUUCUAGUAAGUUCUAGUGUCCUCUUCUAACUGUUGCAGAAUCACGCUCCCGCGAUAUCGUGCGAAUAUGUCACCUUGCCAGAUGGGACGCAAGACAGACGACUCGCUGGUGCCACGCUGUUUAAGAAGGAGAGUCUCAAGAACAGAGUACUUCAAGAACGUUGAGAUCACCAUUUUUUUUUGAAUUUUGAUUUUCAUUCGUCAAGGUUCUUGAAGUACUCUGUUUUACAAAUAAAUACAAUUUUCUAUCAUGGAUGAAAAUUCUGUCUCAGUAAUCUUCUCAUGAUCGAACAAUUUGAGUGAAGAGCUCGAUACAACUACUUUUUUCGUCCUCGACGUCCUCUUCUUCUUCUUCUUUCAUUUCUUCGGAUAAUGGUUUCCCGAUUUUUGGCAUCGUCUAUGACCCCUAUAGCUACAACCGGCAGGAGCUCGGCAGUACCGGCAUCUUCAAUCACACGGUGAACGUCAAGGGGUCGUACAUGUAUGCGAACGAGGUCACUGCUAAUCCGAGUAGGGCACGGAAGGCUACGAGGUGGCACAACUAUUUGGAGACGAGUUUUAAGGGUUUCCACAUUGCAUUCCUCACUGCCAUCCUUGACCUGUUUUCCAGUAGGAAAGAAGUGAAGCAUGUUCUGAGGAACGCAAUGUCGCAACCUCUAAGAGUUACACCCAGGGCGUGUCCUUACCCGAUCGACGGUACAAGCGGUCGGUGGCCUGCACGAUGACCUCGGUUCAUCCAAAUGUUGGGAUAACUGACACAAUAUGGAGGAUGUAGUUUUUUCCAUUUGCCAGAGCCAGACCAUCUUCAUCUUCGAAAACAAAGGCUCCUUUCACCUCUGAUUCGGGAAUAGGAUAGCCAACAUGUUGCCUAUCCAUGAAAGUGUUUAACGAAGCCAAAGGGGAGGAGCCUCGAUCAUGGUCUGAAAGAUGAAAGAAACUACAUUCAUACACAUUGGGCUACGCUGCUGGAAGCGUGAGCACGGCUAAGCCAACAGUAGCAACCGACUGGUGCCCAUGGAAAAACACAGGAGCACAACUGGACACUGACUGGCCCGCGAAACGAAAAAUUAUGGGUUUUUUUUUGUUGAAAUGAGUAUUUCACAGAUUUUGAAUGAGAAUGAUUUUGUGCAGACUUCUAGCUAGAUUCUAGUAUCUGAUACGAAAACGUUCUUCAGCGAGAAUGAGUCACGUUGAAAUUAUCCUUCAUCUACGAGACGGUAUGUUUUUCACACGAAUCUAAAUCUUCUUCAUUCUUGCGCUUACACUUUACCUUUACUAACUCCCCUCGCUUUAGAAUCUAAGCUAUACUCCCCUCACUUUUGUUUCUAAGCUAUGACUUCUGUUUUUGCAAGCAGCAUGCCUGGGUUUCGAAGGCGUUUCGAAGUCCACACCAUGGUCAGACCCUCCCAAAGAAUGCGAGACUUAUGACAACAAGGACAGUAUCAGACGCUGAAUACAAGAAAUAGAAUCGGUAUCAGUUGUGAAGAUGUUGAGUACAAUUCUGCGUCUGCCUUUGAAUCCAAAGUGUAUGUUGAGUUUCUAAUCCGCGAUUCUCGAUUGCGACCCGGAUGCAACCAGUGCGAACCACGUCGCCCUUCUGCAAGUGGGACAGCAGUCAAAUCAUGGCUAUAAGGAAGAGGAAAGGAGCAAUGACUCCGACGAUGAUUUUGCUGAUCUCUAGAAUUCCCAGAACUGCCGUGGUGGGUGCCAAAGAGGCUUCUAGUUCUAGUAUCUGACUGAAAUUGUUCACAUUUUUCCAAAGUACUAUGACUUUGCUAUUUUUACAUGAUAUUGCCUUUCCAAGAAGACGCGAGUGGCGAAUUUAGAAGAAGUAGAAGAAUUCUUUUGAGCUGCAGGCCC